UCCUUAUAUUCCCGGGCUUCUUUCUUCUCUGGGUACCAGCUCCUUACAGCCCUGCAGGCAAUCGUGCUUGUGGCCAGGAGGAAGACAUAAAUUCCUUAAAUCCCAGCAGGUCCGAGGAUCUGUGUUCGGACAUCUCGAGGGAAGAAAAAAGGAGGAAACGAUCCCAAAUUCUCACAGCAGGAAACGACAUCAUGCAAAAACUCUGCAAAGAAAAUGAAGGAAAGCCCAAGUGCAGUGUGCCAAAGAGAGAGGAAGAACGCCCCUAUGGAGAAUUUGAACGCCAGCAAACAGAAGGGAAUUUUAGGCAAAGGCUGCUUCAGUCUCUCGAGGAAUUUAAAGAGGACAUAGAUUAUAGGCAUUUUAAUAAUGAAGAAAUGACAAGAGAGGGAGAUGAGAUGGAAAGGUGUUUGGAAGAGAUAAGGGGUCUGAGAAAGAAGUUUAGGGCUCUGCGUUCUAACAACAGACAUUCCCGGGACCGUCCUUAUCCCAUUUAGUUCAUCACUCUCCUGAAUUCAGCUAUUUUCUGUUAUUAACAUUGCCACUACUGGGUUUGUUUUGUCUGCAUUUUCUUGCUAAAUAUUUGCUAACAUUUUACUCCAAUCCUUCAAUGUUCCUUUGAUUUACAUAUGACUCUUGGUAUGGACAUCUCAUCAUUUGACCCAAUCUCAUUAAUUUAUUUAAUAGGAUGUUUCAUUCAUUUGCAUGUGAGGAUGCUCAUUGUAUAUUGUAAAGUGAAAACACAUUGCAAAACAUUAUAUAUCUAUAUAUAUAGAUAUAUAAUGUACAUUUAUAUAUGAUAUAAUGCAAAAAAAAGUUUGAUUAUUCACCAAAAAGUUAACAGUGACUUCCUUGGAUCUGUACUUUGUUUCUCUUUUAGCAUAUCUGCAUCUUCUCAUUUUCCAUAGAAAAUAAAUGUGUGUGUGUGUGUGUUUAUUAAUUGUGUCACACACACAAAAAAUAAAAUAAACAGACAUAAUAAAAUAACUUGUCAAUCACUUUUGAAGGGCAGUAAAACACUUAAUAAGCUCUUAUAACAGAACUAUAAAAAAAUAAAUGUAAACUUUAAACAACCUCUGGAUCUCUUAGCCAGAGGAAUAAAACUGGCAAUGAUUACA